CAUUGCUUUGUCGACUUGUAUAAGGUUUUCAUUUCAAUUUCAAUUUUCCUUAAACCCUCUCCCGGCAGAGUGUAAAUGGGGAAGCACGGGAAGAAGCAAAACCACCAUCGCAGAGGAGCAAGAAGCACUCACUAUCUCGAAGAAGAAGCAGGGGAGCAAUACCCACCCGCUCAAGAAGAACAUGAACUCCCAGAAGAUGAAGAAGAAGAAGAUGAUGAUGAAGAGGAAGACACUGAAAUUGAUAACAAUUCAUCAGCAUCAACCAAUGAUAUGCCUUCCAAAUUCAUGCUUUAUCAGCAGUCUGUUCAGUCACCUAAAGGGGACAUAAGUUAUCUGCAGAAGUUCUUUUUGAUGUAUGUGGGUGGGAGGGUGCCCCUCCAUUUCCAGGAAGAUUUCUGUGGCACUGCUCUUUUGAGUGCAGAAUGGCUUCGAGGUGAUGCAAGACGAACUGCUGUAGGAUUAGAUUUGGAUCUCGAGGCACUCGAGUGGUGCAUGGAGAACAAUGUGAAAAAAAUUGGGGCUGAUAUCUCGUCCCGAGCCUUCCUGUUUCAUGGCAAUGUCUUGCAACCUCUUGAGGCCAGACUGGUGAACGCUGGUACUCAAGAUCGCGUGCAAAACAUUAAUCUAAAAGACGGAGAACAUGGUUCUCCUGACCCUAAACUAAUGGACGCUCAAUUGCCCGCGAGAGAUAUAGUUUGUGCCUUUAACUAUAGUUGUUGCUGUCUUCACACUCGUCCCGAACUGGUUACAUAUUUCAGGCAUGCGUUGAGUGGCUUGAACAAGAAAGGUGGCAUAUUUGUGAUGGAUCUUUAUGGAGGCACAUCAUCAGAGUGUGAGCUGCGGCUGCAGAGGAAAUUUCCUAAUUUCACGUAUGUUUGGGAGCAAACUGAAUUCGACAUCAUUAAGAGGAAAACGAGAAUCAGCCUUCAUUUUAAUCUGCAAAACCCAAAACGAAAGCUUCGCCAUGCAUUUUCAUACAGCUGGAGACUAUGGUCAUUGCCUGAAAUUAAAGACUGCUUGGAAGAGGCGGGAUUUCGCUGUGUCCACUUUUGGAUGCGACAAAUGCCAGACAGUGAAGAUAUCAAAAGCACAUAUGGAUUUUCUGCAGGACAAGACAUAAAAUAUGAAGAGGUCACUAGCUUCCAACAACAGGAUUCAUGGAAUGCUUACAUUGUUGGUGUUGCAUGAAGUUAUCAUUGUCAUCUUCAUGAACUAAAGCUGUUUUUAUCAAUGUUGAACUGAAGUUUUCUUCAAUCUUGGUGUUUUUCUGAAUACUCAUGUGCUUGAAGCUCCAUAGGAUGAUGAGUUGUGCUUCAGAUUUUGAUCUCUUGAAAUGUAUCAUCUGCAGCUCCUUUUA